AAAGAGUAAAGUAAUAGACACCCGAGGCGAGGAGUACUUCUAAACAAAUUGUUGUCUCCCUGAAUUCUUCCCUCAGUCAAUUCCCUUCUCCAUACUCCUUCUUCUUCUUCACCGUAACACUGCAACAACAGAAAAAAUUAAGAAUGGAAGCUGCAACAUUAUCUUCUUCAUCUCCCAAUGUUGCAGUGAACAAACCAACGCUAACACCAAAAUCCAUAAUAUACCAGAAAUUUGGUAAUAAAGCAUGUUAUAAGAUAGAAGAAGUCCAAGAAGAAUCUUCUCAAAAUGGAUUCCCAGGUUUGGCUAUAACUCAAAAGUGCCCUUCCCUCUUUCGCUGUUACUUGCAACUCCCCGAGUUCUCCGUUGUUUCCCAACCCUGUAAAAAGAAGAAGGAAGCUGAGCAAUCUGCUGCACUUAUGGCUAUACAGAAGCUAGGCAUUGAUUCGCUGAAAAGCAGCCUCACUGUAUCAGAUGCAGCUGUUGAGUUGAUCUCUCGUCUCUCGUUUAUAUUUUCAAGUGAGUUCCUAUCAUCACUUCAUCCACUGAGCAGUCACUUAAAGGCGAUUUCUUACAGACAGGGUGAACUUAGUGGCUUUGUUCCUGUAUCUGUUUUAAUUGCUUGUGAUGCAAAGCUUGGAAAUUUAUGCAGAUCCAUUGAUGCAAGGGUUGAGUCAAAUCCUUUCUUGUCUAUACCUCUUGUCAUGAAAGCUGCAGCUAGAUUAACAGAAUUACUUAUUACCUUAGAGGAAGAUCUUUCGAUCAGGAGGAAGAAUCCUUAUCUCUCAGAUGCUAUAUUAGCAUUACCCUGCCCACGGUCAGACGUGACAAAUGAACCUUUGACAGAGGCUGUAUAUAUUCCAUUUUCCCUUGCUAAGGAUGUGAGAUCCCUUAGUAUAAAUUUGUAUCAGGAAGGCUAUUACCUGGAUGUUAUUGCCAAAGAGCUUGAUGUUGUUAUUGCUUCAAAAGUCCUUAUCUCUAGGACAAUCGGUAAAGCUUCGUCUGAGUCAAGACUGUAUUAUUCUGCUUCAGAGCCAAGUAAUUUGGAUUCAGUUUUGGUGUCUCAUGAAGCAAACGAGCUAUCUUAUUCUGAUAGUUCUUUCAAUGUCCGUGCUAGUUACAUGCUGGGACAACAUGUUUAUGGUAAUGCAAUUUUAGCAUCAGUUGGAUACACAUGGAGAGGUGCAGAGUUAUUCAAUGAAGAUGUAUCUAUGCGUUCCUAUUACAGGAUGCUUGUUGCGAGAAUGCCUGAUGGGCUUUACAAGUUAUCUAGAGAUUCUUUACUCAUAGCUGAUUUACCUGGGUUGUUUACCACUAAAACAAACUGGAGGGGCUCUUUGCCAAGGGAUAUCCUCUGUGCAUUCUGCCGUCAACAUAGACUCUCUGAACCUGUUUUCGAUGUUGUCUGCAACUCCAAUAAAUCUGAUCAUGACUCGCAUGGAUCAUGCAGUAACCUAUCAACUGAAAAGUUACGCACGGGAGUUGCAUCUAAAACUAGAGGAGCUCUGGCCACAAUUGGCCCAAAUUCAGCUAAAAUAGAAUCCUUUAGUUGCGGAGUUAAAGUGUUCUCAAAGAAUCACAAUUUAAUUCUUGAAAGUUCUCGCAUAGAUACUUUUAUGAAACAAGGGGAUGCAGUGCAGAAUGCUUCUCUGAGAGUUCUUUCCUUUUUAAACUUGUACUUCAAGCAACCAAAUAUGACUAUAGAGGAGCUGUGUUUACUUGGUGCUGAUUGUGAUAUACAAUGCCACUCCACAUGUUUUAUGAAGGAGUUUUCUCUUUGUCAACUAUUGCAUAAGGUUCAGCAGCCAAGUCAUUUACGAGGAGGCCACAAACUGAACACAAACCAUAGAGAUCCAUCAAAUGUUGUGUCCAUCUUCGAGAAUAAACAAUGGAGCAUACAAGGAGCAGCGUGUGGAUCCUUGCCGUCUAAUGGAUCUCUUGUCUCUAUAAGCUAUAGUGUAAUCUUGGUUUCUAAAAGCAUUCAAAUCCGAGAAAUACUGGAGAAAAGCGAUGAAUUUGAGUUUGAGAUUGGCAUAGGAGCAGUAAUUUCAUGCAUUGAAGCAGCUGUUUUGCAGUUGACAGCUGGACAAUCUGUUUGCUUCUAUCUUGACAUGCCACAAACAGAGCUAGUUUUGGCAGCGACUAUGGACUGUGAAAAAGUCCUUUCCUUUUUAUCCUCAAAAUCUUGUUUCUUGGAAUACUCCAUAACAGUGCUGCGAGUAACAGAACCUUUGGAAGAUAGAAUGGAACAGGCUCUGUUCAGCCCUCCGCUGUCAAAGCAGCGUUUGGAAUUUGCAUUACGGUGCAUUAAAGAAUUUUCUGCUACUUCUUUGAUCGAUUUUGGGUGUGGUUCUGGAAGUUUAUUGGAAUCGUUAGUUGAUACACCAAGCUCUUUGGAGAAGAUUGUCGGUAUUGAUGUUUCUCAGAAGGGUCUCAUUCGUGCUGCCAAGGUCCUAAAUUCAAAACUAGAUAAGUUGGAGGCUGUGAUGCUCACAUCAAAUAUUCAAUUAGCAAUUCUUUAUGAGGGUAGCAUAACUGAAUUCGAUUCUCGCCUGAGUGGAUUUGAUGUCGGUACAUGCUUAGAGGUGAUAGAGCAUAUGGAAGAGGAUCAAGCAUGCUUAUUUGGUGAUAUUGCACUCGGCUUAUUUUGCCCCAGGGUUCUGAUUGUCUCAACCCCGAAUUACGAGUACAAUGUUAUUCUGCAAAGGUCUAAUCUAGCAAGCCAAGAGGAGGAUCCAGAUGAUAAGGCAAAAGUACAACCAUGUAAAUUCCGUAAUCAUGAUCACAAAUUCGAGUGGACAAGACAACAGUUUGAUCACUGGGCAACUGGCUUGGCCCUGAAAUACAAUUACAGUGUCGAGUUUGGUGGAGUGGGAGGUAUACAGGGCGUGGAACCAGGGUUUGCUUCUCAAAUAGCAGUUUUCAGAAGAAAGCAACACGAACCUGUGAAAGAUUCUGGAGAAACCACACAUACUCAAAGCCAUUACAAAACAUUAUGGAAAUGGGAUGCUACUAAUUCGGUUGGCGAGUCAGGACCUUGCUCAGUUGAAUGCAACUGAAGAUCUAUAUGUUGAUUGCUAAUAUGUUAAAUGUGUUCUCAUCGACUUCGCUUCAGAACUUGUGGGUUGUUUCUACACUAUCAGAGGUCCUUUUCUUUUAUAUGGUCCUGGUCUCAUCCUACUUCAACUUAGAUUACCCACAACUUUUAACGUGACGUCUAAGUUGGCAUUUGUGGACACACUAAUUUAUUACAUAUAAUUGAUUUUCUGAACAUGCUUGGAGUAGGAAGUUUGUUAGGCUGUUGAACAGCCUGUUGGCCAAUCUCCUUGUAAUACAUGCUUUGGCUAAUACUGGGAAUUUAUCAAUGUUCCAGUUGAUGGUGGAAUUUCAUUA